GAAAAUUGUCAAAAUAAACAUUAUAAUGUAAGCCUCAUACAAAACAACACAAAAAGAACAAAGAUAAAAUCAAGAUUAUUAGCACAAACCCAAAAUCAUAACCCACAUUAUCACAAUGACCCAGAACUUAAGGAAAUAAUUGAUAAAUUGAAUGACAAAGCAAUAAAAAAAUAUCAACAAAUUCAUGA